CACUACGCCGUACAGUGGCUUAGGCUGUUUCCCGCAAGUUGUAAGUGGCUUACAGAUGUCAUACCUUCCUAAGCCUGCCCCUCAUAGUUGUCUUACCCAUACCUAGCUGUCUGGCAAGGCAAGUAAGACGAAUGUGCCUCUUUUACGAAGAAGUUAGUUAACCUCUCGAACCUCAAGAACAUACAUACUACGCUUAUCCGUCGCAAUUUAUGCCUGAGAGCUUUUUCCAAUGUGUGCAAGUUUGUUUUGACGUCUCUUCUUCAUGCGACGAGUACUAGCUAAGCUGCCGCGGACCCACAUGUAAUAUAUAUAGAUAUAUUUUAUGAAAGAGGCUGGGUAUGCGUUCAACAGCAGACUUAGAAUCAUCGCCUCGCGGUUCGGAGACCGCUGGUCCUUCCAUCGCUGGAGUCAACCGUCUCCGACCGCUUGCGCAGCAGCAGCCGGAAUGCGAAAUUCAGCCUCAUAAGGAGCCACCAGAUGAUGAAGAUGGAGGGUCCUGGCGUGCGCCUGGAUACAUUCCAAGCAGCCCUCAUGCGGCCAUUGCCGGUCCGCAGGGCAUCGCCGAAUCAACAACGCCCCGGGUCAGCGUCUUUACCCAUAUCGAUACUGGCAUGGCGCGAGAGCUCAUGGCCGCAGCUCCAUCCCCUACACCCGAACCUGAGGCCAGCCAAUCCCCGAUGCCCAUGUCCACCCCACAUCGCCUUCCCACGACCGCCACCAACGAAGCCUCCCCUGUCGCCACAUCCGCAAGGGCGCAUGGCCACGUCCAGUUCAGCUCCAACCUCGAUGGCAACAUUCCGGGCGAAAUUCCACUCACACCGACCCAGCGUGGCACACCAACCUCUGCACGCUACGCGCCCGGCCUUUCCUCAGUUCCUUCCGGCUACUACGCGGCACCGCUGCUCUCCUCACCCGACCGGCCCUCACGUCUGGCGGGCGCAUACAGGCCGCUGGGUAGCGCGCGCACCGGGGCAUUUGCAGCGGGCAGCGGCCUGAAUGCCAGCCAGCAGUCCUGGCACCUGAGGGCGCUAACCCCUGACAGGGUGAAGGAGCUGAAGCUGCCCCUGGAGCUGACGGUGCAGCAUUCCAACAGGAUUGAAAAGAUUCCCGCCGACAAGCUGCUUCCCUUUGUCAUCGGCGAGCGCCCCUACACCAUCGGCCGCACGCCGGGUAGUUCCGCGGUGCGGCUGGUCCGCAACUGCCCCGAGCUGUCCGACGGCAGCGUGUGUUACGUGAAGAGCGACACCAUGGAUGCGGCGGCUAGCGGCCUGCGGGAGGUCUUUUCGGGCACGCUGUCCAGCAAGUGCCCCGCCGGUGUGGUGCUCAAGCUGUUCGUGCUGUUCCCCUCGCUCAUGCGCCCGCCGCACUGGCUGCGCAAGGACUUCAGCCUCGUCAAGACGGCAGCCGUGGAGAUGUCCUGGGAGAUCCCCAAGCGCAUGAGCUUCCUGCUGCGCACCAUGCGCCGCCUGCGCUCAGCGGAGGCGCAGUACCUGGCGGUGUGGGCGAGCAAGAAGAAGAUCGGGCCGGGGGAGGGUUUCAAACUGUACGGCGCGGAGGGUACGGCGGAGAUGACGGAUCGGCCGUACUUGUUGGUGCUCAAGUUCUACGAAAAGCACGAGGGUCCCGACCCCCGCCUCCUCGCCGCCAGUCGCGAGGGCCCUCUCUCCCCCGGCCCCCUACCCUCCAUGCCCUCCGCUGCUGCUGCUGCUGUCGCUGCUGCUGCUGUGACCCCAGGCCGCGGCGGUGUCUCCCCCACCAACGACCCCGUCACCCACUUCUCCCAGCCGGGCGCACUCGUGCCGCUGAGCAGCGCCCCCACCGGCGGCACCGCAGGCAUGCUGGGCAGCGCUGCGCUGAUGGGGAGCACGGGCGGGCUGGCGGCGAAUUUGAAUUUGAAUUUGAACAGCGCGCGGCGGGGCGCGGCGCGGGACUUCAUGCGACAGCUGUUGUUGAGCGCGCAGAGCACGGAUGCGGGCCUUAUGGAUGCGUUUGAGCGCAAGCGGCUGGCCUGGGACUCGCUGCUGGACCACUUCCUGCACCACCGCGACAGCCCCGCGCUGCACCGCCUCAUAGACUCCAACUUCGCCAACCCCUUGCUGCAGCAGCAGCACACGGUGGACCAGGUUGAGAAGGUGGCCAUGGCCAACAACGACCCGGGGCUGCUGCUGAUGCUGUACGAGCACACGGAAGUGGAAAUGGACCUGCAGGUUCUGGCCUUCCUGAUCCACGCCUGGGCGGUGCAGCCCCUGGGCGGCCGCGCAGCCACCUCGCAGGCCGCUGCAGCCGCUGCAGCUGCCGGCCGUCUGGGCACCACCGUGUGCUCCUCCCUGGCGGCGGAGGACGCGGGCGGGCUGGCGGGGCUGGCGGACAUGCAGGAGGCGGAGGGGAACCUGGCGGGCAGGAUUGAGGAGUUCCUGGUCAAGUAUGUGGUGCGGCGGCGCAACCCGCUGUCCGUCACCGCAGCCAUCCUCACAGCAGUCAAGGAGGAGAUGCAGAAGCACGAGGAGAACCGGCGGGUGAUGCGGCUGGCGCAGGCGAGGUUCCACUCGCUGCACUUGGCGCUGCUCAGGAAGCUCAACCGCUUCGCCGACCCCCGCUCCAUCCGCCAGGUGGAGCGCAUCCUGCAGCCCUCCUUGGUGCCCAACACCGUCAAUGAGCUAUCGCCGCUGCAGGUUGCCUUCGACUCCCAGGACCUCAAGUUCAUGACGGAGACGGUGAUCGAGGUGUACGUCAAGGUGCAGUGGGCGGGCGGGGAGCUGCUGGCACUCACCGCAAACGAGGACGAGAGGGCGACGGGAGCCACCAACCCGCUGCUGGCGUAUGCGGUGCUGAGGAGCCUGGGGUUUGCGGGCAAGGGCACAUUCGACCCGCUGGUCAAGGCCGCCAGUCGGCUGUGGCACCUGUACGCAUUCACCUCCACCGCCUUCUUCAACUCGCCGAGGGGCAGGUGGGCCCUUCACGCGCUGUUCGAGCUGUCCUUCCUGGUGCUCUACCAGUGGCAGGUCAUGUACCCGCGAGUGGCCCUGCGCACCCUGCGCGCGCUGCACUGCCUCUUCCUGGCCUUUAUCCUGGGCAACCUGCUGGACAUGGCGCAGUUCGUGCACUACAAGUACGGCUCGCUGGCGCGCAUACACAGGUUCCUGCAGGACCCCUGGAACGCGCUGGGGCUGAUUGUGAACGCCUGCCUGCUGCUCCUGACGGGCCUCAAGCUGGCGCAGGAGUGGGGCGCGCCCUGGCUGCCGCCCUAUCAGAGCGGGGACGCCAUCCACAUGUGCAUGGCGACCAUGGCGGUGUUCGUGUGGGUCCGCGCCCUGGGCAUGGCUGUGCCCGUGUACCCCUCGCUGGGUCCGCUGCUCAACACGGUGGCGCGCAUGAUGGAGGAGGUGAUCGCCUUCCUGUUCCCCAUGCUCAUCGUCAUGACGGGGUUCAGCACAAUGAUGAGCGCUAUCUACCAGGACCUGGUCCCCGACUACGCCAACUUCGCCACCGCCAUGCUGCAGCUCUUCAGCAGCAUGCUGGGCAACUUCGACUUCACGCUGUUCGACGGACUGGAUGUGGUGAAGCACCUGUACGGCGUCAUCGUGCAGGUCAUAUUCCUGGUCAUAUCCGCAAUCCUGCUCAUGAACCUGCUGAUUGCCAUCAUCACCAACCGCUACCGGCCCCAGGAGGUGGAGGCGGAGACGGCGUUCAAGAAGGCGCAGAUCGUCAACUACUACGAAACGCAGGUCUCCCGCAACCUGGUGUGCUCCCCCUUCUCCCUGCUGCACCUGCUGCUCUCCUCCGCCGGACUGCCCGCCGGCAUGCGCCCCAAGGUGGGCGGCAGCGGCCCCACCGCCACCCGACUGGCGCUGCUGCCGCCGGACGGGGUGCUGCUGCCGGAUGACAGCUGCGAGCGGCCGACGGGGGUGGGCGAGAUACCGCACCUCAUUUUCCUCCUCACGCUGUACCCCAUCAUGGCGGUCACCUGCUGGCUGCUGUUCCUGGUGUACACCCCCUUCGGUGUCUGGCAGUUCGCCAGCCGGCAGUACGCGCGCUACCUCAAGGGGCACGACAGGAAGAGGAAGAAGCAGCAGCUGCUGCGGCAGCAGCAACAGCCACAAAGGAAGUAUGCGGCUAGCAAGGUCCGCAGCUCCUCCCCUACCCCCACUGCCGCCUCCAACACCCCCAUCACCGCCAUCACCAACAACGCCUCCGCAAGCAGCGACAGUGACUCCGACUCCGACACCGAGUCACCUCCCGCUACCACCUCCACCGCCCGCCGCCGUACAUCCUCCGCCUCCCGUGCGCCCACCUCCCACCCCACCGCCACCACCCACUCCAACUCCAGCACCGGCAUCGCCGCCUCCCUGGAGACCUUCAAACCCUACGGCCGCUUCAAAAAGUCGCUCCAAGCCGAAUCCCAGCAGACCGAGCUGAGCCCGCUUCGCACCGCCGCCUACAUGGCCGUCACCUCCGCGCUCACCCUGGUGGGGCUGGCGCUGUACCUGGGGCUGCUGGUGGGGCUGCUGCUGGUGGGCUGGUCCUCGCUCUACCAGUGGGCGGCCAAGCUGCUCUUCAGCGUCUUCAACGUGAUGCUGCGGCCGCUGGUGGAUGUGGUGAGGACGGUGCGGCGCAGGCGACUCGCCAAGGCGCGGGCGUGGGAGCGGAAGGAGCUACUGAAGCGUGUGGCGGCGGGGACGGCGGCGGCGGCGGCGGCGGCUUCGCCGCCGCGGCCGCUACCGCGGCCGCGGCCCGCCUUCGGCGAGGUGCUGUGCAGCCCCACAGGCUGCAGCAGCAGUGCCACUCCAGCCAUCGGCGCGGGUGUGAGUGUGGUGGAUGAGGCGGCGGAAGCGGCGAAGCAGGCGGCGGAAGCGGCGGAGGCGGCGGAGCAGCGGCGGCUCCGGGCGUUGGUGCACUGGCGUCACGCGAUUGAAAAGGGGCUGGCGAUGCAGGACGUGCGCUACCUGAGUGUGCGGGACGUGCUGCGGGCGCUGGCAGCCAGCAAGUUCAAGCCGAACAUGCAGGCCUGGCAACUGUCUCUGGACCCGCGCGCCUCCAGCCAGGAGAUCCUGGACGAGCAGCUGCAGGACCUGGAGGACGAUGAGGACGAGUGGGAUGACGACGAGCCGGCGCCGGAGGAGGCGGACAACGACGAGAUGGAGGCACUCAUCCUGGAGAAGACCGACAACCUCACUCGUGAGAUGCGUGAGAACUUCCACCAUCACCAGGAGUGCUUCUCCUUCCUCAUACGGCAGGUGGAGCAGCUCACAGCGGACGUGGCGCGCGUCGCCGGCAGCAGCAGCGGCACCGGAACGCUCAGCGGCGGGGUCGGCGGCGGAGGCACCGCCGACGGCGCCGGCGGCGCCGUUAUGGACUCGGCGAGGGCGUCGCCGGGGCAGGACUCCGUCAUGCCCUCGCCGGCGAACCUCAUGGCGCCGCCGCCGUCGAUUGUGACGACGGCUCCGCCGAGUACGGCAUCUGGGGCGACGCCGCCGCGGCCCGCGCCCUGGGGCGAUCCCUCGCAGAGCGGCCGGACGCUGAACUACAACAGCGCCGGGAGCAGCCGUCGGUCGGCGACGGAGGCGGAGCAGGGGAGGGUACGGCAACUGGCGAUGCCGCCGCGGCCGCGGCCGCCGCAGCUGGCGCUUGGCGGGCCUUCGGUGCAGGCGGUCAUGAGCGCCCGCGUGACGUCGGCGAGCUCCGGGACGCCGGUACGACAGGGGGUGAGUCGGCCGGGAAGCGCCGCGGCGGCGGCGACGGCGGCGGCGAGGGCUCGGGCAGCCGCCAGCACCGCAGCGGCGGCGGCGGCGGCGUCGCAAGCAGCAGCUGGGGUAGUGGCUGUUGGAUCCACACCGAUAGGGUACGCCCAUCACACCCACGGCAGUGGCGGGGCGGGCGUUGCCACGUCAGCGCCGCCGCCGCAGCAGCAACAGCAGCAGCAGCCUCGCAUUAGCAGCAGCGGAAGUGAUAGCGAUAUCGAGGUAGGGGAGGACCCGGAGGGCGGCGUGGACCUGGGUGACGGAGGCGGCGCUGACGGGGACCAGGAGGAGGCGAUCUACGACGACCCGACGGCACGACACAUGCUUCGCAACGGCAGCGAGGCCGCUAGCAGUGACAGUGACGGCAGCGGCGCCGCUGAUGCGUUCGACGACGGCGCCGGCGCCGACGGCGGCGGAGUGCCGUCUGGCGGUCAGGAGGAGCUCCCACUCCUGGACGCCGCCGCCGCAGAUGGAAGCCCCACUCCGAAUGCCGCCACCGCCGCCGCUGCCGCUGCCGCUGCCGCUACCUCAUCCUACGGUCAUGGCACCGACACCGGCACGUCAGCUGGCAGCGGCGGCAGCGGCCUCCCUCGCCGUACCUCGUCCAGCGCCGGUGGCGGUCUGCCGCCGCUGCACCUCUCGCCGCCGCCGCACAUCCACCCGCUGCUACGGCACUCCGCCGGCGCCGACGCCGCACCCUCACCCGCGCUGCUGGACGUGGCGGCUGCUCCCGAGCAGCCCGCUGCUACGGAGGAGGUGGUGCGGUCCUCCUUCCCAGGCCGGCCCAUCCUGAGCCCACUGCCGGGGGGUCCCGCCCGUCAUGGCUUGGGCAGGUCGCUGAGUGGCGCGAAGCUGGCUGCGCUGGGGCCAGCGGCGGCGGCGACGGCGCCGUCGAGCGGUGGUUCGUCUCUACGGGGCUCGGCGGAGGCGGCGGAGGCGCAGCAGCAGCAACAGACAGUGCCGCAUGGACGGCCGAGCGUUGUACGGGAGGAGGAGGAGGAGGAGGAGGCGGGUGAUGGUAGCGGUGCUGCUGCAGGAUUGGGGGAGGGAAGACUGCAUGGCUAGGGGCGGCUAAGGAUGUGAGGUGAGGGGGUCAGGAGAUUCAUACACGAGUAUGGGAUUAUGAGGGUAGGAAUGGAACAGUGCUUUCCGGGUUGAUCAGGAGUUGGGUAAGGCACGUAAUGGUCGAAGGUACGCGACUAAUGGGAGGGUGGGCGUUACAGGUGCGCUGAGCAAGCAGUUUGCCGUAUUGGCAGGGCCUGUGCUUUCAGUACUAAAUGUAUAUGCCCAUUGUCGACUUCCAUGUUACUAGCGACAGGCGUGACGUUGCGGUUGGUUACAACGAGAUGCGUCAGAGGUUCAGUGUCGUAGACCGGUAAUAUUAAUUACGUAUUCGUAUUCGUACCAGUAACAUGCUGCUUCCGGUACACGCAAGCUGCGAUCAUUGCUUCUAAUUCAUGCAACGUACGUCUCGCUGUUGGUGGCACCGCCGUGAAGUGCGUGUGAACACAACAUAAUACGAUAUUAGAGACUUGUCAGUCAAUGCCUGUCCGCACUUGUGUGGCGGGUUAUGACGUACACGGAGCAUCGGGACUCGGGAUCUGUCUAUUUUUGGAUGUGUCCGGUUAUUCUUGCAACAUGGUCCGUAUUGGCAUCCGUUCGCGCUAGGACUGCUGCUAUGGCUGUCGCUGCUGCUGAGAGGCCUGCAAGUGCCCUAGUGCCAUUAUUUUAAGUGCGGUAACUCUAGCGGAGUGCGGCCGCCUGGAAAAAGGGGCAAACCAUAGUCUAAGAAACUAUGUGACGGCAUACACUGUGUAGCUUGGGUCUUUUGGUCUUCUUGCUGUCACGGGGCCCAAUCCCACCGCGGGGAUCUUGCUGGAGCUACCUGGCGCGUAGCUUACACUUAUACCACUUGGCUUCGUUGCAUGCUGGGGUUGGCGUGCGUCCCUGCGCUUUCCCCACCCAGGGCGCCCGUUGGUCCUGCUGGCACUUGCUAGACAGUGCAGCCGAAGAGUGAAGUUUGUGAGGGGGCUGGGUUUGUGCAUGCCGUCUCGUAGAGCGUUGCCUGGCAAUGUAGGGUAGGGUUGGAAAAAUCAGUUUCUUCCAGCCUCCUGCGUGUGGCACAGCCGCAUGCUUCCUGCACAGCCGCCUUAAACUGGUUUGGAGCCUGCAACUGGCUAGUCAACCACUAACUACCAG